AUGCCUACACCUCCUAACCCAGAGCAGGAUGGACCAUUUGGAGACGCUGCACCAGAAAUCCUAGACGACCGCAUCUGGGUGGACGGUUGCUGGGAUUUCUUCCACCAUGGUAGGUCUUUGAAUCCUUCAAGGACGCCAUGCCCGAACCUCACACUAACUUCUCUUCCAGGACAUGCCGGGGCGAUGCUUCAAGCUCGACAACUGGGUACCGAGCUCGUAGUCGGUAUCCAUUCUGACAAGGCCAUUCUCGAGAACAAGGGACCAACAGUCAUGACACUAGAAGAACGGUAAAACACAAGACGUGGAUCUGGUGCUUGCUUUCCGCUGAUUCCUCUUUAAGAAUCUCUGCUGUGGAUGCCUGUCGAUGGGUCACACAGUCUGUUGCGUACGCCCCAUAUGUUACCUCUCUUCCUUGGAUUUCCCAUUACGGUUGCAAAUACGUGGUACAUGGAGACGACAUCACAUCAGAUAGUAGUGGGGAGGAUUGCUACAGAUAUGUAAAGGCUGCAGGUCGAUUCAAGGUGGUGAAGCGAACACCAAGUAUCUCGACAACGGAUCUUGUUGGCAGAAUGUUGCUUUGCACUCGUACACACUUUAUCAAGUCCUUUACAAAACUCCUUUCCGGACAAGAAGGUUCUGGCACCGAGGAAGAGAGAAAAAAGGAGGGCGUUGCCAUGACGGAAAGAAUCCAACAAUACGCUACAGAUAAUACCGGACAAAAUCCCGGAUCGAGCGUUUGGUUUUGGACGGCUUCUAUGGCAGCGCGAGAGGAUCAUACGGAAGAAGAGAAGGGCGCGUUCAGUCGAUUGUGUGAGGGUGCUCAGCCUAAGCCAGGUCAACGGGUCGUAUACGUUGAUGGUGGCUUUGACCUCUUCUCCUCUGGUCAUAUUGAGUUCCUCCGACGCGUGAUAAAGGAGGAAGAGAGGAUCGGUGCAGAAGAGGGAUGGUAUCUUGAAGAAGCAGUCCAAGAGAGAACAGGGAGAGGCUCCGAUUAUGGACCAGUAUUUGUUAUUGCUGGGGUCCAUGAUGACGAAGUGAUCAAUCAUUGGAAAGGCGUAAACUAUCCCAUCAUGAACAUUUACGAGCGGGGCCUAUGCUUACUGCAAUGCAAGGCAAGUGAGAAAGGUUCCACACGAUACAAUCGUUGGCUAACUAUACUUAGUACAUCAACUCUGUCAUCUUCGGGGCGCCCUUCACACCAACAAGGGCGUACCUCACGUCGACUCCGUGGGGAACUCCAGAUGCUGUUUAUCACGGACCAACUAGUUUUAUGCCUCUGACAUACGAUCCUUAUACAGCGCCUAAAGAGAUGGGCAUUUACAAGGAGAUUGGAUUACAUGACUACGCUGGAGUCAAUGCUGGACAAAUUGUUCAGCGAAUUAUGAAGAGUCGGGACAUGUAUGAAGAGAGACAGCGGGUGAAGGGCGUCAAGGGGAUUGGUGAGGAAGCUCAAUUGAGAAGAGAAAAGAUGGAGGCAGAACAGAACUUGAAGGAGAGUAAGAGCGCUGCAUGA